UUCUUGCAAUUUGAAAGCAAAGGCCGCCAUAUUUGAAGUUUUACCUUUUAGGUUUGUUUGGUCAUUUUCAGUUUAAUUUUAACACGUUUUCUUUCUAAAUAGUAGAGAAUUUGUAACAUUCAAACCCACAGAAGGUUGUUGAUACUGACCUCUAAAAGCUGUGGGUCCCGAGACGGAGAGUCUCCGACCAGAGAAAAGUCAGGAUGGGGAAACCAUCAUGGCUCAACAACGUCACUAGCAGUACCAUCAAAAAAGCACGUGUCUACACAACCAAGAAGAACCGGAAAAAGGUCGAGUACAACACACGUGUGGUGGACAACACUUGGGAACAGGUGUGCAAGUUUAACCUGGGGGACAUCUCCCCCUUCAGUCUGGACAGUCCAGAGUCAGUCCCAGAGAAGAGGCCAGGGGUAGUACCGUGGAGGAAGGAGAGGCUGGGAGGGUCCCCAGAGUGGCCGUCAGACAGAGGGACGGGAUUGUGUAGGAAGGAGGACGUGAACGACGCACCAUGUGAGGAUGUGACAUCACUCUGGAGCAGCAGGAACAGGGCAGUUUCCACCUCACCAUGCAGCAACAAAGAGAACAGCUCCCUCAAAAACAGUCAGCCCCUCCGUUCCAAAAGAGUUUCCAGUAAGAAAAAAUCACUGAGAGUUCAGAGUUCUAACAAAUUUGACCUCGACCAUGACAGUGACUCCGACUUUGUUCCCAGCCAGCCAAAAAAGCGCAAGGCUCCAACUCGACAAAAGAAGGCUUGCAGCAAGAAAGGAAAGACACUCAAGGGAAAGAAGAGCAAGAAAAGAAAUGAAUCUUGUACAAAAGCACCUGUUGAAAAUGGCCAGUACUUCUCAGAUUUUGAAGUACACAGCAGUGCGCAUGCUAGCAACCUCUCGGGACUGAACCAUUUUACCUCACAGGAGAGUAUGAACUUUGGCAACAGUGAGAAUGUAACAAACCCUAGUUACAGCAACUUCAUAGGAGAUACCUCUCCCCAGAAUGACAAGUCUAGUUUGUAUCUUUCCAGCCACAACCACAACUCUUCCUACUUUGACGAGCUUGUUCGUCAUCGUUUGGACCAAUUUGUGACAAGGGACAGAAAAGCCAACACUCCUCUUUCGUUCACAUCUCCCUUUGAGGCAAACAGCAACUAUGAAACACCCCCCAGCCAGGUUCAGCAAAAGAGUCCUGGUGCAAAGCGCAUGCAGCCUGUAGUGAUGCUGUCCAACAUUUCUAAGGGGGAAUUAAUGGAGAGCAGUGAUGUUGUGCUGGCUGAAGUGUCCCCAAGUUCUUCAGAGAUGUCUAGAAGUCCUAAGGAGGCCUGUGCGUUGGAUGUUACAUCUUCAGACUUUGUUGUUCCUGAGUCCCCAAUAGAACAGGAUUCCAGCAAGCAAGGCACAGACCUGUCUCCAGAGGCUACAGUGUUCCGGACCAGCACUCCCUUUGCAGAGAAAGGAAAAUACAACCUCAGGAAGCAAGCAAGUGAAACAAAAGCAUCUGGGACAAGAAAACGGCCAGCCCGUGGAGCGAAAGAAUCAAACAGAGACAGGGACACUCCACCUCCCAAGCGCCAUAGAGCUAAGAGCAGAAACGCUGAGGAUAACAGUCAGAAGAUACGUAAGACUAGAACAUUGAGAACGAGACAGAAGAAAAGUUCCAAUUCUGUGACUCCGUGUUCUGUCCUGGUACCUAGACUCAGCGAAAAAGAUAUCCAGAGGCUGUCAUCUGGGAACAAACUAUCCAGGAAAAAGCAACAGUCAGGGAAUGUCAGAGAGUCGAAGAAUAAAUCAAAGAAACAAAACACCAAGAAGAAGACGCCACCAAAGAAACGUUACACUAAGAACAAGACACCACCAAAGAAACGUAACACUAAGAACAAGACGCAAGUGCAACAGAGGCAGAAGAGUUCAACAGAGAGCUUCUUCAAAACACCAGAUUCUCGUGCUGUCUACACACCUGAUGCAUGUGAACACCUGUCCCCUGCUGGCUUCCUGGCCUUCACUCCUGGUAGUCGUGGCAACAAGAUGGGCACGAGUCACAGGGCCAAGUCGCCUGGGUCCGGGGUGAAACAGACACCCUUGCGAGGUGCCAUGGGACUCCCCAGCAGACACGGCAGCAUGAUGUCUCCUUUGUUCAAGAAGGCUGUCCAGAACAGAGUCAGGAUUAGCCCUAAGGAGAAGCUAUUAUUACACUGUGAUAAGGAAAGGAUCCUCACCUUCCAGGAGUGUAUACCCGGAGCUAUGAUGGAGCGCUGCGUGAAAAUUGGGGAGGGCGUGUUCGGGGAAGUCUUUCGCACCAGGAGAGAUGAUGGCAGUUCAGUAGCACUCAAGAUCAUUCCCAUUGAAGGGGAUUUCCCUGUCAAUGACGAGCCUCAGAAAACCUUUGAAGAGAUCCUACCUGAAAUCGUCAUCUCAAGGGAGUUGAGUGAACUAAAGGACGGCACCUGUAACCAGACGGGUGGGUUCAUCCACCUGCACCGUGUGUGUCUGGUUCAAGGCGCCUGGCCAGAUCACCUGCUGGCCAUGUGGGACCAGUGGCACCAGGAGAAGGCGGGAGGGUCAGAGAACGACAAGCCUGACAUGUUUCCAGACUCCCAGUUGUUUGUUGUGCUGGAGUUCGCGGAUGGUGGCUGUGAUCUCGAACACUUCCAGUUCCACAGCCUGAGCCAAGCCAAGGCCGUCCUACACCAGAUCACCAUUGCCCUGGCUGUUGCGGAGGCUGCUCUCCAGUUUGAACAUCGUGACCUCCACUGGGGAAACGUGCUGGUGAGGAAAGUAGAAGAGCAAAGCUCCACCCACCACCUGGCAGGGGAGGAAGUGUGUGUGGCCACCAGUGGACUGGAUGUGAACAUCAUCGACUUCACGCUCUCUAGGAUGCAGAAGGAUGGCCAGCCGUUAUACUGUGACCUGUCAGCUGACCCUACCCUGUUUGAGGGAAAGGGAGACUAUCAGUUUGACAUCUACAGGGAGAUGAAGAAGGAAAAUCAAGAUAACUGGAAGCGACACCACCCGUACACAAAUGUGUUGUGGCUGCACUACCUUGCAGACAAACUUCUGAACAAGAAGUACAGAGCCAUCAAGAAGAGCCAGAGGCAGUGGCAGCAGAAGUUCAGAACCUUCCUGAAACAAGUCUUAGCGUGUAGGACAGUAGCGCAGGUGUUGGAAGACUGCCAGCUUUUAAAAGAGAAAUAGCUACUGACUCUGAAAACUUUCAGUUAAGUUUUGCAGGAUGUAAAUGUUACCCUGUAUGGUUUUUUAUGGAGAAGUAGCUAUUCCGAAAACUUAUUUCAGUUUUGCAGGAUGUAAAUGUUACUCUGCAUAGUUUUUUAAAGGAGAGAUAGACACUCUGAAAACUGUAAUGUCAGUUUUGCAGAAUGUAAAUGUAAUCCUCUGUGUAUAUAUAUGCUCAAAUGACUGGGCAGGGCUUGAAAUUCAUCUUGGGCACUGUUACACUGGUGUACCUAACCUGAAAGCCCAACAUAGAACAAAAUAGGAUGUCAUUGAACCAUUUUUAUGAAUCUUACUGCCUUUCUUCAGAGUAUGUAUCUGAAAUUCCAUAAGUAAAUUUUAAAAAGUAAUGAACGGUUGUUUUUUUUCUGACCAUUCAAGGACAUCAGUGUACUCGUGUACCCUUGCAUCUAGAUAUCUGUGUAGUGUUAGAUAUGUAUAACACUGUAUAUAUUUUUAAAGUUUAUUUACAAUAAAAAAGCAAUCUUGACAUGAUU